AUGACAAAUACGGAUAACAUACAUAAUAGUAUGGAAUGUGCUAAAUUUGUGGAAGAAUAUUUAAAUGAUUAUUUCGGGAAUGAUAUGGUAGAAGAAGAAUACGAAGAAUUAUCAUUGAUACGUAUUUGCAGUCGGCAGAGAAUAAUUUUGGAUUUUCUUCAUAUCGUUUUAAUUUUAUGCAAAUGCAUGUUACAUGCUGAUACUGUAGAGACUGUUACGGUCGCUGAGGUUAAAUUUUGGCGAGAUUAUCAAUAUAGGAAGCCAUUUGUCAAAUGCAGUGUUCCGACUAUACAAACUACACGAGAAUGCAUUGAAAACUUAGAGAAAAGCUUACUGUAUUGCUUACAUUUGGAUCAUUACAAGCUGAUAUGGUACUUUAAAGUUGGUCAAGUUGGAAAACUGUACUAUUCUGUUGACAAUGUUACUGCAACAAAAAUGCCAAUAUUUUUUGCGCAAUUUCUGGAUCAAAUGUUGCAUUCUGUUGAUAUCAUUUCAACCUUGACAAAUGAUGAAUUCGAAAAGUUGGUAUCUGAAUCGGAAUUCCUGAUCAAUGUGAGAGAAGCUGUCGAUAUCAGAAAAACACAUCUAAUUGCACUUAAUGAACCGAAAUAUACGAAAAAUCGGAAGGAGCCUGAAAUUGGGAUAUUUUGUGCGGGAAUCGAUUCAGCAACUAUUUCAUGGGAAUAUAUCCGUCCAAAUGAUAGAACUGAUUUUAUCUACAAAAUACAGGUAUCAUCGUUAGUAAUCAUUGAUUUUACAAAAAUGCCUAUUGAUAUUGAUAAUGUUAUCAAUUCCUUCUUCAAUAAUGAUAUCGUUGUUUUAUUAAACAAUGAAACAGACGAUGCAAUUGUCAAUUUUCGAAUUGCUAAUGCUCAUUGUUUAUUGGAUAUCAAAAAACAAUCCACUGAAUCAUUAAUGCCAUUUUUUGAAAAGCUUAUUAAUGGAUAUUCGGUGGAAGAAUGCUCAGAAUUAUUACAAUCUGUUAAUGUACGAUUGUUUGGUAAUCGCUCUUCCAAAGUUCGCUAUAGUCGAGCACAAAGUACAAGGAAGCUGAUUGUCGAUAUGAAUGAUGGAUUGCUUGAAAAUUUAACAAGUAAUGAGAAUGAUCAAAGAGAAAUUGAUAAUUUCAAAGAAUUACCAUCAAAAGUACGGCUCCAUCUAUUGGAUAUGAUGAAACAACAGGUGAAAACAAAUGAAAUUCAAUUAUUUGUGGAGAAAUUAGAGGAUAUCUACGAUCACUGUAAAGAUGUAACAUUAUCGGAAGCCGAUGAUGACUUACAACAGUUAUUUAUUCAGCGAACACAAGAUGAACAAAAUUUCAUUCUAGAAUUUAUCAAACAUCUUUUUAGAGAUCAUCUUUAUGGUAUAUAUGAUAAUGUACAAACCUCAAAAUUGGAUAAUCUCGAAGAAUUGAUGAAAUCAUUAGCAAACAAUGUUCGUGUGACAAGGAAAAAGCAACGAAGAAAAUUUAGGUCACGCGGAUACCAUUCUGAGGGUGAAAGUUCUCGUCGCAGUUCUAUAUCGGAAAAUACUGAUUCAGAAGCGGUUGUUGUUGAUGUUGAAUUUUAA